ACGGCUGGCCUGCAAACUUGCCCAGGCUGAUUAUAUGUCGGUUUAGAUUUUAAGAUCAGGAGACUGAUAAAAGAUAAAAAUGCAUAUUGAAUUGCAGGCCUAGGAAAACAUGCAGAGACGAAGAGGAAACGUUUGCCUUUGUGGUGAGGAUAUGGUAAAUGGAGCCAUGUUUUUAUUGCUUACAUUUAUAAAUACAUACACAAAAACGGUUUCUCUCAUCUGUCAACACAGAGCCUGCGGACGUCAACAACACCUGGACCACACGGCCGGUUGAGCUGGGCGAGGACAACCGGUCGGUUUGCAUUGCGAUGGAUUCAGAAGUUGGAAAGGUACUGACUUGUGACAAACCCACGCAGAAAUACACCGAAGGUUAUGUGAAUUCGCCUUCAAAAUAAUAUGGCAAGGAUUAUAUGAAGUUUCGGGUAAAAAAAAAAGUACAUCUUCUCCAUUCCAGUUUCCAAAUUUGGGUUUAUGAUGGCUGUAAAUCCUCUUAAACAAAUAAUAAACAAAUAACCCUCUCAGAAACAGUUAUCUGUUUAACAAUACUUCUUAGAAAUUAGGCUGUUUAGAAGUUUAGAAAUCUGAUCUGUAUCUUUUACUGGUCCUUUUGUUUGUCAACUUCUAAAUUUGAUAAAAGAUGCAGUUCUCAUAAUCUGUAUUUUUAUUAGUUUUGUAAAUCACAUUGACAUCAAAUCAAUAAAAAAAUGCUGCGAUAUUUUGAAUAAUAUUAUGGGAUAGUCAAUUACUUAAAUAGGCCCAUGCAAAGAAAUGUAGAUUACUCUAAAUGGUUAGAUUUUAAUGCCAGUGUUCCGCUAAACCAGGAAUGAGUCUCGCAGGUAAUGCCUUUUAUUUUGAAAAUUAAAAUUCCGGAUGUGGAGGUGUUCCUCGAGGCUGACACAGGUGAGUAAACUGGGAGAUAAUUACCUGAACUCUGCGUAUUCCGCGGACACGCUGACGCGUUUUGAUGCAACAAAAAUAACUUCCUCAUCAUCCGUAAAUAAAAUAAUCUGGUUUUAUUGAAUAUUCAGCAAACUGAACUGAUCAUGAAGGGAGAAACAAAUACGGAGAAUGAGCUGGAGGCGGACCAGGGAGGAACUGCCGCAGCUACAGAAAGCGCAUCUGGGGAAAGACGACCUAGUAUUGUAGCGCUGCAAAAUAUGCUCAAGAAAGUCACCCAAAGCCCUUUCCAGAAACAGUACCAGAGUCUUGUUUCAUCAGUCUCUGAUUCCAGCGGAUCAUCUGUGAACGAGUCUCAAAACAAACAGUUUGGUCCACAGGAGGGUGAGCGCCUCGGCGAUCCCUCAGCUGCAGCCUCAGGUGUGACAGAUAACCAGCAGCCACACAUAGGACAGAAUGGAAGGCAGGAAGCGCUCCACUUAAAUCCUCAGAAUGGAGUCAACGGGGGCUUGGCCAGAAUGAACCAUUUUCAUACCAACUAUUUGGAAUCUGGAAGCACGGGUCGUGCAAUGGAGGACGAAGGAAGGAGAACUUCAGAGGAAGUAAACCUUGAUGCCAUCUUUGUUCCUCCGCCGGAUUUUCAGAGUUCCCCUCUGGAUCUUCAGCCUGACAUGAAGACUGUGGAAAAUGGAGCUGAACUUCCAAAGGACCCAUUCGAGACCGUUACCCCCAACCUUAUGCAAGACCCCUUCCAGACACUGGCGUUGGCCCAAAACAUAUCUACCAAUGGCUAUUUUCACGACAUUACCCUGAACUCACCAGACUUGUUUAAGCCAAUGCCCGCUCAAACACAGAACCCGCCAAAAAGCUCUGACCCGUUUAUGAUAUACGAUGAAGGGGUCGAUCUUCAGGCUGCUAAAGGAGAGGAUGUGCUCCAUGCUGAGCGCACCAGGGGGGUAAACCUGUUUGACAAAUCCCCCAGUAUUUUAUCAAACAAGGAGAAUGAACUGUUCCAGCCUCCUCAGCCAGAGACGACAAACGCAUUCUCCGCUGACUGGCCCAAAGAAGCAGAUUUGUCUCGAGCAGUUCCAAGUGGGGAAGACGAACAAAAUCCCUUCAUGAAAGAGGACAUUUUUGGCAUGUCUUCUUUUAAGGAUGUAUUUUCAUCUUCAUCCACAAAUACAGUCGAUCCAUUCCCAAGCCCGAUCACGAGGGAUUUAUUCCAAGACGUUUCCAGUUUGGACGACCCGUUCGGUACUACACCCUCAAGAUUAUACGACCCUUUCCAAGAUGUUUCUCCUGGGACUCCAGACAUCUUCAAACCACUUCCCCCCGAGACCGACAGCAGGGAUAUAUUCGGGAUAACCUCCAGGAAUACUGCCCCAAAGGCCGCCUUCUCUACACCUUUAAUGGGCAGCCCGUCGGAUAUGAAUCCGGACGUGCCAUCGCCACUAGAUCUCUUCAAGGUGAAUCUAGAAUCUCAUCCAGCCAUCCAAGCAAAGCCUUCCGACAGGCCACGCGAUAUUGUCCUGACGACUCCUCGGGGAACAGAACAUGAUAUUCUUCAGCCGAGUCCCUUCAGUCGGGCCAGGAACCUGUCCAUGCUCCACAGCCAGUCUCCAGCUGAAAUGACUCAUGUGUCGACUUUCAAACGUCCGCCAAAGCCACUUCCUCGAAGUCGACCAUCAAGGACAGAAAAGUCGCCAAAACCAGCACACCCUAUUGAACCUGAAGCAACUGUACCAAAAACCUCUCCUAAACCAGCCUUCAGACCGGCUCCAAAACCUAUUAUUUACCCCAAACCCAAAACUCCGGAAAAUAAAUCGAUGGAUGCUGAGAACUCUGCACUCUUUGAGAACAUCCUGCUGACUGGACAGGAAAGGUGUGUGGAAGACUGGGCUGAAGACAGCCCUGAGCUUAACCCCGACUUCAAACCAUCUGGAACAUUUAGACUACGACGAGAAUCUUUGAAAACUAAGGCGGUCACUGAGGAAGGAAGCAGCGAUGAUCAGGAUGGCUCUGUAAAGAAAAAGGACAGAAAGUUCAGAUUGUCCAUGCUUUCCAGAAGAGGGUCAAAGGAGAAGUCUUCUGACGAUUUAAAGGACGGGAGGAGCAGGUCACUACCCAACUCUCGUAAAUCAUCAAAGGAAAUUCUUUCAGAAUUCCACGUGUCUGGAGAGGAGAAUGAAGAAGGGGAGCAGAAUGAGACGGACUACAAAAAGAAAUCUUUGAAGGAAAGAGUCGAUAAGCUCAGAAGAGCCUCCUUUACUUCCUCAGCGGCGAUGGGAAAGCACAUGAACGGACAUUUACCUCAAGAGUCAAAGGGAGAUGACCUCGAUAAGAAAAGUAUUGGAAAGAAAGACUCCGUCAUACGCCGAUGGUCAGAGGGGAAAGUUUUGGAUGACCGCACUGGUGAGGAAGACGAGGAGGAAGAGGAAGAGGAGGAAGGGGAAACCCUGCACAAAGAGGUGGACGGCCAUGGAUCUAAGAAAAAAAAGAAGAUGAAAAUCAGGUUUGUGUCACAAAGAGGAUUCAGCAUCAGUCUAGAGAAGAAGGGAGCAUAUGGAUACACACCUCGUAAAAGCUCAAAGGACAAACUAGAGGAAAUUGGUGCGCAUGGCUACACACCUCGUAAGAAGUCCCAGGAUGAUGUUUUUGGGGAUGUAGAGGAGAGAGACCCCCAUCUUCAGUCAACUAGCAAGGCUGCUUACAUGGACGAUGAGCACUUCUUGGAUACGCACCACAUGUCUGGAGGAUUGAAUGGAGAUGAAGAUCCAUAUGAAGUGGAAGACUGCAAACCUAAACCAACAAAGAAACUGCUCCGCAUGGGUCAGCAAAGCUCUAAGGAGUACACCAAACAGAAACAGAAGAGCAGCUUCUCAACAGACGAGCUAUACGAUGACGACUGGAUGGAGGACUGCAAACCGAAAACACCCAAACACAAAGGCCUCACUCCCAUCACACGCAAACCUAAGAAGGCCAAUGGACAGAGUGAACCGAUUGGAUUCAGCCACCAGACACCUCAGCGAGCAUCCAACGAUCACUUUGCUGAGGAUGGCGAAGAGGAUGAAGUGGAAACCUUCAAACCGAAGAAGACGUCUAAACUUAAAGGCUUCAUGAAACACAAGGCUAAGAGCAAACUGAAGCAACCCAAGUGGGAAGAUCCAUCAGGAGCAACGUCGGGUGACUUCAUGUCAGAGGCCGCUAAGGCGGAGUGGCUGGCGGCUCAGAUGGAUGAGUGCACCAUAGCAGGUCUGGAGGAUGAGAACGAGGACGGGGACACUGACAGUUUGAUGGAGUGGUGGAACACAGUGGAACAAUGGGAUGAGGUGCCAUCAGACGAUGAGGACAAAAUCAUGAGAGAGGACGUGUCCAAGUCAUUCACCAUCUUGGCGGACAAGGUUCAUCGCGGCCUGCGCGUCUUCAACAAAGUCUUCACGGAGCGAGCGGAGGUCCUGUGGCAGUCCGUCAUCACGCUCCACGCCAUCGCGGACAACCUCGACGAGUUCCACCACAAGGCCAAGAUCGCCGGCAUCACCGGUGGCACCACCACGGCCGUGGGUGGUGUGACCGCCAUCGCCGGUUUGGCUCUGGCACCCUUCACAUUGGGCGUCUCCCUCGUGAUCACCGCCGUCGGUGUUGGUGUGGCAACGGCGGGCGGAAUCGCCUCGGCCUCUGCGGCCAUCUCGGAUAACGUCAACAACGUGCAAGACCGGAAGAAGGUGGAGGUAGUGCUGGAGGGGUAUGAUACUCACCUGCAGGCCAUUGCGAAGAUCCUCCACUUUGUCAAUCAGGGCGUGUACAAACUCCGCGGCCAUCCCUUCCUCAGGUCCGGCACCCAGCACUACUCCGAGGACUGGGAGAUCCGCAAGGCCGUGCAGAUGAUCAGCUUAGUGGACUCUCCUGUGAUGCGGGCAACGGAGGUAACGGAUGCCUUGGUCGCCUCGGUCCAAAGACUCUUUAAGGGCAUGGACAAGUACUUCCUCAAGGACUCCAGAGAGCUGAAGAAAGGCGUGAAGAGAGAGGUGGUGGGGCAAAUAAAGAUGGUGGCAAAUGUGCUCAAUGACGGCAUAGUGGAGCUGAAUACCAUCAGAGAGGAGCUCCAGGAUGCCACUGGAAACAUUUGAGCAACAUCCUGCAUGAUGCCACUUUGAGUUUAGUUGUUUCUCCAAGCACACCCAGCGCCCUCUCCUGGCUGAAUGAGGGAACUGUUGGUUUAAAAGUGACGCUAGUGUGAAGCUUAUCAUGGUCAUUAUUUUUGAUGUGGCUUUGGCGUUAUUUUAAGGCUAUAGGUUACUGUUAUGCUGUGAGAUGUUCACUGUGCACACAGGGACUGGUCAAAAUAACAGGAAAGCAGGCACACUCUAUGUUUUCGGGUUAAAGGUUAGAAUAUGAGGCGUUUCAAAAUAUAGCUUUGUGGUCUUAGAUGGCUUAAUUUCAACAUUUUGCACAGAUUUGUUUUUUUUCGGUGUAAUUUCCACACCCACUGUGGACACAUUCUAAACAGGAGCACGACAGUACAAUGUACAACUCUAUGGCACCUCUCUGACACCGUUCCAACAAAUCAAUUAUACAUGGAUUCAUAAAUUCAAACGCUGUUGUAUUGUUAUAUUUUCAGCAGAUCCUAUUAGUUUUCCAGUCACUCUGCCAGAUAUCGGUGUAACCAAAACAAUUGUAGUAGUUGAGAAUCUACAGUGACGCCCCAAAAACAGGAAACUGUGGAUUAAAAAAAAAAGUGAGUUCAAUUUUAUUUUAUUAAGUUUAAGAUUUGAAUGUGUUGUUGAUACUUUUCAUUCGUUAAGGUAAAUUUUAGUUUAUCGACCAGACUUUGUAAAUAACUUUCUGCUCACAUCAUCUUAUGAGGGUAUAUAGUUAGUCACGUAUUCGCAGAACUUAUUUUUUAUAUAUCGCUGUGACAUUUCUUCAAAACUCCAAUGAAGUACCAAUCUAAGUAAUUGUCUAAAUGUUGGUGUGUACCAAAUAACAGACGAGUCUUACAAAGCCUGUUCGCUUGAAGCUGUAGUUUGCCGAUGCAUCGGUUACAAAAACUUCCAGAGUUUGUUUUGCUGCUUUUUGUUAAUAGUAAUUUCUGCAUUUACAUUCACAAUGAUUACAAUGUCAACUUAUUGUUCAAACAUGUAUUUUAGUGUGUAAAUAUCUUUGUGCAUAUGUGUAGAUACAUUGAUUUAACCCUUUAUAAUAAUCUUUCAGAUAGGAAUAUCAUAACAGUAACUGUCCAACUUAUCUAUUACUGUAUGUUUUAUGUGUUCUUACUGGAUAAUGCGCCUGCCUUUAUUUUGACGGUGCAUCUGUAACAUUUUCUAUUUUACUAUAAUACAUUGAAUCUUUGAAUAAAGACUGGAA